UUCAGUUCUACAGACAAUGUUCUGUGUUCUCUAUGUUCAGGAUUAAUCCUGGAUCUGACUUGUGAGGAUGACAGAGCAACCAGCAGCCAAUCAUGGCCCAGACUGUGAGUUUUUGUGCAACGAGUCUGCAGCUGUGGAGGAACAGGGGCCGCCGGUGUUGGUUGACGCCUGGCUGGUCCCCACCUUCUUUGGCCUCAUCAUGCUGGUCGGCCUGGUGGGGAACUCGCUGGUCAUCCACGUGGUCACCAGACACCAGCAGAUGAAGACCGUCACCAACUUCUACAUAGUAAACCUGGCCACGACUGACAUCUUGUUUCUGGUGUGCUGUGUGCCCUUCACUGCCACACUGUACCCGCUGCCCAGCUGGAUCUUUGGAGAGUUCAUGUGUCGACUGGUGAACUACCUGCAGCAGGUGACUGCUCAGGCCACUUGCAUCACUCUGUCUGCGAUGAGCGUGGACCGCUGCUAUGUGACUGUCUAUCCUCUGCAGUCACUGCAACAGCGCACCCCCCGCAUGGCUGUGACCAUCUCCGUCUCCAUCUGGAUAGGCUCCCUGCUGCUGUGCACCCCUGUAGCCCUGUACCAGCGUCUGGAGGCGGGUUACUGGUUCGGUCCCCAGACGUACUGCAGCGAGGUCUUCCCCUCGGCCCGCCUCCAGAAAGCCUUCAUCCUUUACAGCUUCCUGGCCGUCUACCUGCUGCCCCUGCUCACCAUCACCGCCUGCUACGCCUUCAUGCUCAAGCGCAUGAGUCAGACCAGCGUGAAUCCCAUCGACGGUGGCUACCAACUCCAGGCUCAAGCCGAGCGAGCUGCAGCAGUUCGGGCCCGAGUCUCCCGCAUGGUGGUGGUGAUGGUGGCCCUGUUCCUCAUCUGCUGGGGCCCCAUCCAGGUCUGCAUCCUCCUGCAAGCUUUUGGCUUCCGCAGCUACGUUCUGUACAAGCUGAAGAUCUGGGGUCACUGCAUGUCUUACUCCAACUCAUCUAUCAACCCGCUGGUUUACGCCUUCAUGGGUAACAACUUCAGAAAGGCCUUCAAACACGCCUUCCCGGCUGCCUUCCUGUGGCGGUCCAGGGGCAGAGUCAGGGUGGGAGAUGUGGGCGCUGCAGAGGAAGGGUGAGACAUCGAUCGCUGGGCCCCCAAAGGAGAGGCAGAGAUGCACUUUCUUUCAUCUGGGACCUAAAGGCCACUCUGGGGUUCUGGACACUGUGCACUUGUUGUUUAUUUAUAGUUUGUUCUGAAGAUGAGAGGAGUCUGGUCCACUGUAUGUGCUGCAUAGACGUACACACACAAACAUACACACUAAACCAACACAAACUAAAAUAGCCCUUAAACAUGGCAGAUUUCUUCCAUCAGAUCCAUUAUUACAGAAUUCUUACCUUAGAAAUGAAUGAAAAUGUUGAAAUACGCCCUGUAUUGAAAUUCCUGGAUUGGCCCCCUGACCCAAAUCAGCUCCAAAAUAUAAAUUGUUCUUUCCUGACGCAAACCACAGCCUUCCACCGAGUUUCGCUGAAAGCUGAUCGGUUGUUUUAGGGUUAUCUGACAGACAAGUGCAAAGAACAGCAGUAAGUGACAUGUUUCAACACACACACAUAGACACACACCAUGUGAUCUCUUAAAGGGGACAAACUGACAAAAGUCUGAUUCCUCUCGUGACCUCCUCAAGCUGCUGAAUUAUCUCAGUCACAUUUUUCUGACUGAGCUGAACUGAAACUGUGUCGGCUUUGCUGGACGUCACAAUGUUUGUGUGUGUGAGAGAAAACUAAAUCGUGGAUGACAGAGGGAAACUCUCCAUUU